UCAUGAAAAUGCUAGUGUCUGUUGCUUGUAUCUCUCGCGUAUGUUUGCCGUGCCGCAACAAUAUCGCUCAUCUUAACCGCCUCGUAACCUACACCCUCCAGUCUUAUCGUCACCGUCUUCUUCUUUAUCUUAUUUUCGACAAUCUCUUCUUUCCGUCUUCCUAAAAAACUCAACUGCUUCUUCUCGGGUACCUCUCUCUUCUUCCGCAUGGAGUUGUUCUUUUGACAAGUUACAGCAAUCGUGGGCUGGAAGUGGCAUCAAUAAGAAUAAAGCCAUGGUAGAGCAUUUGCAGCAUUAUGGAGUGAUCAGCUCAAAAAGGGUGGCAGAAGUUAUGGCAACGAUUGAUAGGGCUUUAUUUGUACCAGAUGGAACUCCAGCUUAUGUUGACAGCCCCAUGGCGAUAGGUUACAAUGCCACUAUUUCUGCACCUCAUAUGCAUGCAACAUGCCUUCAGUUGUUGGAGGAGCAUUUAAAACCUGGCAUGCAUGCUUUGGAUGUUGGUUCAGGAACUGGGUAUUUAACAGCUUGCUUUGCCAUGAUGGUCGGACCCCAAGGUCGUGCUGUUGGUGUGGAACAUAUUCCAGAGCUGGUUAUGUCUUCAAUCAAGGAUAUUGAAAAAAGUGCAGCAGCUCCAUUGUUGAGAGAAAGUUCGCUCUUAAUGCAUGUUGGUGAUGGAAGGCAAGGUUGGCCAAAGUUUGCACCUUACGAUGCCAUACAUGUCGGUGCAGCUGCACCAGAAAUCCCAGAACCGCUCAUUGAUCAGUUGAAGCCUGGUGGCAGAAUGGUGAUUCCAGUUGGUGACAUGUUACAAGCUUUGGAAGUCAUCGACAAGGACCAGGAUGGUUCUAUUAGUGUCCGGACUGAAACUUGUGUGUCUUAUGUUCCUUUAACAAGUCGAGAUGCCCAACUAGGGGAUUACUGAGCCUGGGACAUUUACCUCCGGAGGUUUAAGGCUAUAGGGAAAUACUUGUCUAUGCUCCAUAGAAGUCGCUGUAAAGUUGUGCAGGAUAGGCCCUUGUAGUUGUAAUGAGCAUGCUAUAAUCUCAAUAACUUAUCAGGAGAGAGCUUUUCUUUGGUAGAAUUUUAAAUAUUAAAAAGGUGUUCUAAUCAAAAUAUAUGCAGUGUCGGCGUCUUUCGAG